AUGGCCCUCCACCCGGACACCGUCGGUGGGAGCGGAGUGCCGGGCUGCUUGUUCUUCGCUUCCGAGUGCGGGCCGGGACCCUGCCAAGCGGGGGCCACGGAGGCCUGCCCCUCUCCGUGGGGACCCGGGGAGCGGGCUAUGUGUCGGCCCCCCUCCCACGGCCGGGACGGGCCCUUCUCUAUCCGCACGGCAGCUGGUGGGCGCCGGGGUCCUUCCCAUGUCUCCCACUCCCUGUCCAUCCGCUGGCCGGGCCGCUCCCUGGGAAGCCAGGCUUGGAUACUCAUAGCCAUGUGUCAGCUCGCCGUCGACCUGCCCGCCUGUGAGGCCCUGGGCCCCAGCCCCGAGCUCCGACUGCUGCCUCGGCCCUCGCACCGGCCGCCCCGCUUGUGGAGUUUCAAGAGCGGACAGCCGGCCCGGAUCCCUGCGCCCCUGUGGAGCCCGCGCCCGGCCCGCGUGGAGCGCAGCCACGGGCAGAUGCAGAGUCCUCGUGCCAAACGGGCACACAGACCUCGGGACCAGGUGGCCGCCCUGGUGCCCAAAGGGGGGCUCACCAAGCCCCCGGCUGCCGCCAAACCCAGCCCUUCCCUGGGCGCCUCCUCCUCCUCCUCCUCCCCCGCGGUGGGCGGCGGGGCCCCCACGGACCAGCAGGCCCUCCUGAGGCGGGGGAAGAGGCAGCUGCAGGCGGCUGGUUUCAACAGCUUUGACUUCCGAGGCGGCAGACCCACCACGGAGACCGAGUUCAUCGCCUGGGGGCCCACGGGCGAGGAGGAGGUCCUGGAGUCCAACACCUUCCCCCACGGCCCCACCACCGUCUCCAGCUUCCAAACUUGGAAGACAACCGUGGCCACCACCACCACGGCCACCACAGCCACCUCUGUGACGCUGCAGACUAAGGGGGUUACCGCGCCCCUGGCCCCCGGGAACAGGGUCCCGGGCGGGGUUAGCACAAUGCAGCCUUCCACCAGCCCCAGCAAAGACCGCGGCACAGACCCAAAGCCCCCACGGAUCCCGGGAGAGACCUCAGGUCUGGCUGUCCAUCAGAUUGUCACCAUCACCGUGUCCCUCAUCAUGGUCAUAGCUGCUCUGAUUACAACUCUUGUCUUAAAAAACUGCUGCGCCCAAAGCGGGAACCCCCGAAGGAGCAGCCACCAGCGGAAGAUCAACCAGCAGGAAGAGAGCUGCCAGAACCUGACGGACUUCACCCCCGCUCGGGUGCCCAGCAGCCUGGACAUCUUCACCGCCUACAACGAGACCCUGCAGUGCUCGCACGAGUGCGUCCGGGCGUCCGUGCCCACGUACGCCGACGAGACGCUACGCUCUGUGGGGGAGUACAAGUCCACGUUCAACGGGAACCGGCCUUCCUCUUCGGACCGGCACCUCAUUCCCGUGGCCUUCGUGUCUGAGAAGUGGUUCGAAAUCUCCUGCUGA